AUGCCUAUCACAGCCGCAGAGUACAACACUUUCUACUUCAUCGCCAAACUCAUCCGCCAGGUGUUCCCGGGGCACAGAUUGUAUGUCGCCCGUGAAAAGAACCUAGCCGGCAAGGUUCUCAGCUACCACGCCGGGGUAGCGAAGUAUGAAGGCAAGGUGAUGAAGGACAUCAUCAUGGCUAGCGGUAAUGCGAAGAAACGCGUCGAUGCACUAGACACACUUUUGGGAGAUCUGGAGGACUACGUGCACGAUAACUUUGAGCAAAUCGAGGCGGAACGGCGGGCUAGUGAUGCUGCUCGCGACGCCGAGCUGUCGUCCAGUGAAGAGGAAGACGAGGGAGGGAAGAGGAAGGGGGGAACGCUGGGGGGAAGAGGUGUUGAUAAAAAGCCCAGGCUAGACACCGACCAGUCUCUAGGGAAGGGGGACGCGGAAAAGUCUGGGAAACGCAAGCACUUGGAACAAGGCAAGGACAUUCCAAAGUCAAGUGAGGGGUCUUCACCAGUCCGGGUGAAGGCAGGAGCGAAGCCAGAGGAUAGAGUUGAAGGAAGGGACAGGGCGCGGUAG